GUUUAACCGUUCUGAAGUAACGACCCCUCCCUCCCGGAAAUCGCAGAUAGAUCUUCGUCGCGCGUGUGAAGUGAAGACGACAAAACCCCAAUUCGAAAUUUGGAGAAAAAAAAAAUCAAAAUCAAAACACAACACCGGAGAGCGAGAGAGAUUAGUCGGUUCGGUUUUGCUUAUUUAAAUUUUCUGCUAGUUUGGGGCGGUGAUCCCAAUUGGCAUCUGAUCGCGAAAUCGCCGCGGAUUCGCAAAAUAUUAUUAGUUUUUUUUAACGGGCCAAUACUGACAAGAAGAGAGAAAAAAAUCGUUGACGACGACGUCGCGCAAACACGCGGUCAUCAGUUUGGCGAAAGGGAAUUCUCUCCUUCAAUUUCGCGCAUUUCACCCAAGUGUGGCAGCAUCCCGUCAUCACAAAUAAGUGUCAUCGUCAUUCGCAACAUCCGGAGAGUGGAUUUGCUGGAAUUUUAAGGGCACCAUCAUCGUCGUCGUCGUCCUCGAAUCGAACAGCCGAAACAUGGCGUAUGUGUUACGCAAUGUGUAUCAGCAUUUGCAGAUUAUGCUAGAAAGAACAGAUGACCGCAGCAAGACGCUGCCGCUCAUGGACUCGAACUGGCAGGUGCCAGCCAUCAUCGCGAUGUACCUGAUAGCGGUCCUGCGGGUGGGGCCCCGCUUCAUGGAAAACCGCAAACCGUACGAUCUGCGCCAGUUCAUCCGGGCGUACAACAUCGUCCAGGUCGUCGCCAACAGUGCAUUCUUCCUGACCGAGAUAUACCUCUUAUGGAUUAGGCCGAACUUCUCAUACGUUUGUCAACCGGUGGACUACGGGCAUGACACUUCCGGUUAUCAGGAGUUGUACAUGUCCUACGCGUAUUUCCUGCUCAAGGUGAUGGAUCUGGCGGACACAAUGUUCUUCGUGCUGCGCAAAAAACAAUCGCAUGUGUCUUUCCUGCACGUGUACCAUCAUGCCAUCAUGGUUGGAAUGACCUAUAUCGGAGUGAUGUUUGUUCCAGGAGGCCACAUCUACCUGCUCGGUCUCUGGAACACGCUGGUCCACGCGGUCAUGUACCUGUACUACUAUCUGGCCUCCUAUGGAUCCCAGUGGGCUGCCCGCUUCAAGCAGUACCUCACCCGGAUGCAGCUGGUCCAGUUCAUCCAUCUGGGGAUCCAUUUCGGACGGCCUGCCCUUACCGGACUCGACUGUGGCUUUCCGCAGUUCUGGCACUGGGUUGGCUUUGCCCAGGCCCUCUUCAUCCUGGCCAUGUUCGUCGAUUUCUACAUCAAGUCCUACGUCCGGAAGGCGAAGAAACAUUGAAGGUGAUGGAUGGAACAUCUAUUAACUCUCCUCCUGUAUUUAUGUAAACUGGUGUAAUCGGGUCAAUCAACAGGGAUACGAUAUUUGUGUUUAGCCUAAUCCUGUUCUUACUUUUAAGAUUUUAUCUUUCUCCCAUGUAUAUAGUCGGUUCUGUGAACUGAAGACGAUUGGCUUCAUCGAUAAAAAGAGCAAGUCAACCAAGCACAAAAGAGUGCUCUCAAACGAUAU